AUGACCGCUACCACCACUGCCAUCCCCACCAGCAUCCCCAGCACCACCAGCACCAGGAACAGCACCAACAGCAUGUUCACCUCCACCACUGUCAUCAGAACCACUCUCACUUUCACCAUCCCCACCACCAUUAUUGCCCCCAUCACAGCCGCCACCAUCACCACCCCAGCCCCUCACCAGAAGGUUUUCAAAGAGACAGUGACCUCAGCCACGGCCCUGAGCUCUGCCCGUGCCAGCCAUGCAGUGGGCACCCGCCAGGCGGAGCAGGCCCCAGGGGCCGUCCUGAAGCAGGGGCGCGGUGUGAGGAGGCUGCCAGGCCCCAAGGGAGGCACAAUGGACAAGUUCCGGAUGAUCUUCCAGUUCCUGCAGUCCAACCAGGAGUCCUUCAUGAACGGCAUCUGCGGCAUCAUGGCCCUGGCCAGCGCCCAGAUGUACUCUGCCUUCGAUUUCAGCUGCCCCUGCCUGCCGGGCUACAAUGCGGCCUACAGCGCGGGCAUCCUGCUGGCGCCCCCCCUCGUGCUCUUCCUGCUCGGCCUGGUGGUGAACAACAACGUGUCCAUGCUGGCCGAGGAGUGGAAGCGGCCCCCGGGCCGCCGGACCAAGGACCCCGCGGUGCUGCGGUACAUGCUCUGCUCCAUGGCCCAGCGCGCCCUCAUCGCGCCCAUCGUCUGGGUGGCCGUCACGCUGCUGGAUGGCAAAUGCUUCCUCUGCGCCUUCUGCACUGCCGUGCCCGUGACGGUGCUGGGCAACGGCAGCCUGGCCCCUGGUCUCUCUGCGCCCGAGCUCGCCCGCCUGCUGGCCCGGGUGCCCUGCCCUGACGUCUAUGAUGGCGACUGGUUGCUGGCCCGCGACGUGGCCGUGCGUUACCUGCGCUGCAUCUCCCAGGCCCUGGGCUGGUCCUUCGUGCUGCUGACCACGCUGCUGGCGUUUGUCGUGCGCUCUGUGCGGCCCUGCUUCACCCAGGCCGCCUUCCUCCAAAGCAAGUACUGGGCCCACUAUAUCAACAUCGAGCGCAAGCUCUUCGAUGAGACGUGCACGGAGCACGCCAAGGCCUUCGCCAAGGUCUGCAUCCAGCAGUUUUUCGAGGCCAUGAACCACGACCUGGAGCUGGGUCACGCCCACGGGGCAGCAGCCACGGCCCCUGAUGGCUCAGCUGCCCCCACCAUCACGGAUGGGGCUGAGGAGGAGAGGGAGAAGCUGCGAGGCAUCACGGAUCAAGGCACCAUGAACAGGCUGCUGGCGAGCUGGCACAAAUGCAAGCCGCCCUUGCGGCUGGGCCAGGAGGAGCCCCUGCUGGGCAAUGGCUGGGCGGGGGGCGGGCCCCAGGCUCCGCGCAAGGAGGUGGCCACCUACUUCAGCAGAGUGUGA